UUCAAAAGCAUUUUUUUUUUUUUGAGCACUGGAGCCCGCCUGCCUCAGCUCCUCCCCCGCGGCCGCACCGCCUCUUGUCCUGCGGCGGGGGAGAUCCGAGCGUUGGCGCGGGGAACCGGGAAGGUGAUGAUGGCGGGGCUGCCGGCGUCUCUCUCCGGACAGGACGUAGGAUCAUUUGCAUAUCUUACAAUUAAAGACCGAAUACCACAGAUCUUAACCAAGGCUAUUGAUACAUUGCAUCGACAUAAAAGUGAAAUUUUUGAGAAACAUGGAGAGAAAGGCAUGGAAGCGGAAAAGAAAGCUAUUUCUCUUCUUUCUAAAUUGCGGAAUGAAUUACAAACAGAUAAGCCAAUUACCCCCUUGGUUGAGAAGUUUGCUGAUACUGACAUAUGGAAUCAGUACCUAGAAUAUCAACAGAGUCUUUUAAAUGAAAGUGAUGGAAAACCAAGGUGGUUCCACUCACCGUGGCUAUUUGUGGAAUGCUACCUGUAUCGUAGAAUUCAUGAAGCAGUUAUCCAGAGUCCACCAAUCGAUGACUUUGAUGUGUUCAGAGAAUCAAAAGAGCAAAACUUCUUUGAGUCACAGGAACCUAUCAUGGCUUUAUGUAUUCACCUGCAAGAGUUAAAGAAAACUAUUGAAGACCUAGGUGAAAAUCAGCUGAAAAAUGAGUUUUUUAAACUUCUUCAGAUUUCCCUGUGGGGAAACAAGUGUGACCUGUCUCUGUCAGGCGGGGAGACCAGUUCUCAGAAGGUCAACAUCAUGAAUUCUUUGGAAGGCCUGAAACCUCUUAUUUUAGUGAAUGACACGGAACGACUUUGGUCAUUACUUAGCAGUCGCAAGAAAACGAGAGAAGAUGUACCUAUUACUAGAGUGGAUAUUGUUCUGGAUAAUUCUGGCUUUGAACUUGUUACAGAUUUAAUACUAGCCGAUUUCUUGUUGUCUUCUAAACUGGCCACCGAGGUCCACUUUUAUGGAAAAACAAUCCCGUGGUUUGUGUCUGAUACUACCAUACAUGAUUUUAACUGGCUGAUCGAGGAAGUGAAACGGUCUGGCCAUAAGGGGGUGUCCGGGUGUGGGGUUGACUGGGAAGGCUACGUGAAAGCGGGCAGGUGGGUCUAUCACGAUCACAUGUUCUGGACGCUGCCUCAUGCGUUCUGUGCGAUGCCUCAGGUUGCUCCUGACUUAUACGCCGAACUGCAGAAGGCACACUUAAUUUUAUUCAAGGGCGAUUUGAAUUACAGGAAGCUGACGGGGGACAGAAAGUGGGAGUUCACAGUUCCGUUCCACCAGGCUCUGAACGGCUUCCAUCCUGCCCCGCUCUGCAGCAUCCGCACGUUAAAGGCUGAAACUCAGGUUGGUCUGCUUCCUGGGCAAGGGGAGCAGCUCACAGUUUCCGAGCCCCACUGGCUGACCACUGGGAAGUACGGAAUUUUUCAGUUUGAUGGUCCGCUCUGACUGGGUUUAGGAACUCGGAGCUGUGCAGAAAGGUCUGACAGGCAGUUUUCCGCCGCAGAGAAGCGGUGUGUGAUCUCAGCCACUUGGAUGCUUUGCGUUAGCCCUGGGGAGCUUGGCUUCUUGGCGCUCAGUCCCGUGCACUGGAUGCCUUUUCCUUUGGACGUUGUGCCCCCUACGUCGUUUUGGAGAUAGAUGGAUUAAGCUAGUUACAGACAUUUACAUUUUUGUUGGAAUCUAAGUAACUUAUUUCAGGUUAAAUGCAUAUUUUCAAGUGGUUUUCAGGAGCAUACUUUUAAUUGGGCAGAAAGCAUAAUAUAAAUGAGCAAGUUAACUUCUUAAAUUAUAAUGGUGCAUGGUAUUUGAUAUCCUGGGAAGCAUGGAAUUUUAUUUAACUUAUUUGGGGCCCUAGAAGCAAGGGCUCUGAGAAUACACAUCUUAAAUACACUUUGUUAGGAGAGAGACGUUUCUUACAACUGUGAUAUUUGAACACAUGAAAGUAAAAAUUACCUCAUAAGUUAAUUGUUAUUUUGUCCUUAAAUUUUAUUUCAAUAGCCUGUGUUAUUUGCUUGCAUUGAGAUUUUGAUUGACCUUUGGCAUGGAUGGUAGGAAACACAACACAACAGAAUGGGAAAACUGGUAUUUGAAGGAAAAUGCAGUUACCUUUUAUAUUCUAUUUGUGAUACCUAUAAUCAACAAAUACAUUAUUUUUAACAGACAAGUGUUUUAAAGGAACAGAUUUUUAGAUUGUUCUGCAGUUUUAAAAAUGCUUUAGAGAGGAAAGAACUUGUGUACUGAAUUUGGAGUCAAUUCAUUUUUUAUAUUCUUACACAUUUAUUGGUGACUGUCAGAUCUUAAAAACAGUGUCUUUCAGCUCAGUUGCUUUUGCAGGUGAAAUUGGAAAAACCUGGGAAUGUUUUCUCACACUAAAAAAAUAAAACGAAUUGUACCGAGA